CCAAUGAACGCCGUUUGCGUCGAAACCGUUACUUCCGGGUGACUUCCAUGAAGCAGCAGUCCUCGUAAACCUUUGAUGUUUUUGCGUUUUACUGUUAAAAAAAAGAUACAAACGAUUUGUUAAAUUACCGGGCGCUAGAAGAAGAACUACUUGUGGAAAAUGCAUCGAAUAUUCGGCCGCGGAAAACCUCAGACGCCUCCACCGAACCUGUCGGACUGCAUCGGAAACGUGGACGCCCGAGCGGAGUCCAUCGACAAGAAGAUUAGCAGACUGGACGCUGAGCUGCGCAAGUACAAGGAUCAGAUAAAGAAGAUGAGAGAUGGGCCCUCGAAGAACACAGUGAAACAGAAGGCAAUGAGAGUUCUGAAGCAGAAAAGAAUGUAUGAAGGUCAACGGGAGCAGCUGGCUCAGCAGUCAUUUAACAUGGAGCAGGCCAACUACACCAUACAGACCCUGAAGGACACCAAAACAACAGUGGAGGCCAUGAAGAUUGGGGCCAAGGAAAUGAAAAGGGCCUACAAGGAUGUUAAACUUGACCAGAUCGAUGAUUUACAGGAUCAACUGGAAGACAUGAUGGAGGAAGCCAACGAGGUACAAGAGGCUCUGAGCCGCAGCUACGGCACUCCAGAGAUAGACGACGACGAGCUUGAAGCAGAGCUUGACGCACUGGGCGACGAGCUGGAGCUGGAUGAUGACACCUCGUACUUGGACGAGGCCUCAGCUGCUCCUUCUAUCCCUGAGGGAAUGCCCAGUGACAGCAAGACAAACAAGGAUGGUGUUUUGGUGGACGAGUUCGGCCUCCCACAGAUCCCUGCGUCCUAAACAAAGGACAGAUUUAAACAACUGCACUUCACCUGAAAACACUUUUAUAAAUCGAGUAACAUUUGUACAUUUAAACAAAACUGACCUGAAAGUACUACAACUUUGAAGCUGACUUGGAUUUAGGUUGUCUACUACAGUUACAGUUACAUGUGGCCUUUACAAACAAACAAACAAACAUUGUUUUCCAUCAGUUCUCACAUUUAGCCUCCAGUGUUACAGGUUUAUAACUCUUUUUCUCCAGUGUUACUUUUUUUUGGAUUUGAGUAGUGUGUUGACAUUACUGUUGUUUUUGAUUCCUUAAUACUGUAUAGAAUCCCUAUUUAUUGUUUCUAAAUUACUUUAUUUAUUAUUUUAGACAUGCUAAUAAAUUAUGUUUUACUGAACC